CUUAGUAGGCUCAUCACCCACCAUAGUCUUUUAUACCUCCCACCAACAACAAACUUGAUCAUCCUUUUUUCCCUCGCACACACACUCUGGCCGCCCGAUCUGAUUUCUUCUUCAACACGCUCGUAGCUCGCCGCUCUACGUCUCGCCGGCCAAACGCGCAUAACGCGAUCAUCACCCCCACUUGCCCAACUUGACAUCAACGACCAUCGUGCUAAGAUUCCAUCCAGACUAAUUCAAAAUGUCCAACGAGAACGAAAACGGAACUCCUGGCGAGCAGGCACCCGCCAACUCGGAGCACCUCAACAUCAAGGUCACCGACAACAACAACGAGGUCUUCUUCAAGAUCAAGCGCACUACAAAGCUUGAGAAGCUUAUGGGCGCUUUUUGCGAGCGCCAGGGAAAGGCGACCAGCUCCGUGCGAUUUCUUUUCGACGGCACGCGAGUCCAACCCACCGAUACACCCGAUGCGCUCGAGAUGCAGGAUGGCGAUACCCUCGAGGUCCAUCAGGAGCAGGUGGGCGGAUCUGCACAGUAAUAGAGAGGGGAAAUUUCGAGGAAGAAUUACCAGGAAGAAGAUCCCAAAAGAGAUGAACACACACGAAUGAUGUUGAACUGGAUUUCGAUUAAACCUGGUUGUACUUUUGGCUUUGCGUACAUCAGACGAGAGGAAGACUGAAACAACAAGUCGACGAAUGAUUUACGACAGACAAAACACUACCCAAUCAACCCAAUCAACCCAGUAUCCCUCCAUUCCUGC